AUGAGAUCCACAAAGUUCGACGACCUGAUCUCAGGCACGAUCGCCUCACUGGGAGCAGCAGCCGGGGCGUAUGAUAUUAUGAAGAAUGACGUUGACCUCCCCACGACUUUUCAUAAGGGAGGGCUGCAGAUCUACCGUGUCCAGCAAGCACUCCAGGCGGUCGUAAAUAUAAUGAAGUGGCGGGAUCUGGCGGGAGAUAUCAUGCAAAUAAUUCCUUCGCUCGAAGACAGCAGCAAGAAAGCCAAAGCGCUAGAGGAGAUACUCUCAGAGACCGCUUCUCAGCCUGAAUCGUCCAGGAAGAAUCAGUAUGUUACUGCUGUACGCAACAAGGGACCCGAAAACACCAUAGAGGCACUGCUUCUGGGAAUGAUGCGAAACACAGUUGUCCUGGCGGAGGACGAGGCCAUCAAAGGGGCUGUUGAGGAGCAGGUCAGAGGAUUGCAUGGAGCAAUGGAAGAACUAUCAGCAAUGGAACCGUCUGUGCCUGUCGAGAGGGGAGAAUCCCGCUUCUCCCACUUUGGUUCUGGCAGUCAGUUCAACAACGCAGGGUCGGGUAAACAGUUCAACAACACUGGUAGUGGUCGCCAGUACCAAGCCGAAGUCAUGCACUUCAAGGACUAG